AUGAGCAUGCACCCGGCGCGGCAGGCCUACGUCGAGGAGGAGAAUGGCCCCUCCAAUUCCGAUCCCAUGGACGGGAUUGACUACGCCAGCGUCCCACUGGACCGCAACCAUGCCAUGCCCGGCUCCGGCCACGACAUGGCCUCGGACAUGCUCGCCGAGUUCGAGCGCAAGAAACGCGCCGCCAACCUGAUCGUGCCCACCGCCGACCGCGACGUGAAGCUGCGACUGCGCUCGCUGAAGGAGCCCAUCACCCUCUUCGGCGAAGGCCCCGCCGACCGCCGCGACCGUCUGCGCGCGCUGCUGGCACACGCAGCCGAGGCCGGAGGCGACGACGCCGAGGAUGCCGUCAUGGAAGACGCCGAAGCCCCGGCCGACGAGCAGGAGGAGUUCUACACCCAGGGCACGCAGUCGCUGCUGGACGCGCGACGAGACAUGGCCACCUACUCGCUCCCGCGCGCCAAGCAACGCAUCGCCUACCAGCGCCAGGAGGCCGCCAUACCGCUGAAGGCACACGUCCAACACCGCGACAAGGUCAAGCACACCCUGAAGGGCUUCGACCUGUACGGAUCACAGACCGCCGACCGGCCCGUCAGCAUCGUGCGAGUCUCGCCCAACGGCCAGUACGUCGCAUACGGCACCUGGGGCGGCAAGGUCGCGCUGUUGGAAAUCCCCAGCCUCGAGCAGAAAAAGGCCUACCGAGGCGGGCACACGGAGCGCGCCACCGGCAUAGACUGGCUGCCCGGCGCGACACUGCCAGGCAGCACCGUGUCGUCGGGGAGCGUCAACUUUGCUUCCGGCGGCGCAGGGGGCAAGGUGCAGCUCUGGUCGCUGGACGACGACAAGCCACUGCGGACGCUGGAGGGCCACAGCGACCGUGUGUGCCGUGUGGCCUUCCACCCCUCCGCGCGCUACCUCGCCUCGGCCUCGGACGACACCACUUGGCGGCUCUGGAACGUCGAGACCGGACAGGAGCUCCUGACGCAAGAAGGCCACUCCAAGGAGGUCUACACCGUCACCUUUAACCAGGACGGCUCGCUGCUCGCCAGCGCCGGCCUGGACAGCAUUGGCCGCGUGUGGGACGUCCGCACGGGGCGCGUCAUCUACAUGCUCGAGAGCCACAUCAAGCCCAUCUACGGCCUGGACUGGAGCACAGACGGCCACCGACUCCUCUCGGGCUCUGGAGACGGCUUCAUCAAGUGCUGGGACGUACGAGCGAUGCGCGAGUCCAACUCCAUUGCCGCAAACACGGGCGGUGUCACAGACGUGCGAUGGUAUCAAGGCACCGACGGGCCGGCAAGCGGCGUGCCACUGCAGCCAAACGACGAGGGCGAGCCUGUGCCGAAGAAAGCAUCGACCUUUGUCGUGUCCUCGGGCUUCGACAAGAACAUACAGAUCUUCUCGGCCGACGACUGGGCCCACUGCAAGACGCUGCGGGGCCACUCGGGCCCCGUCUUCAGCACCGACGUGACGAGCGACGCUGCGUGGAUCGUCAGCGGAGGCAAAGACCGGACGGUGAAGCUCUGGUCGCGAGACGACAACAAGGGGAUAUGA